AUCCGCUGACAUCGUGUGUCUUCGCGUUCGACGCCAAGCCAUACCGACAACUUGCUCCUCAGCAAAGCACCGGCCGUCGAGGCUCUCGACCAAUCAGCCCUGUGACCCUCCUUGGUCAGCUCUUGCUUCUGAGCAGGCAAGAGCAUGAGCCAAUCGAGAACGUUGCCUUGCCUCCUCUCUUCAGCCCCCCCUCCCCCCCACUUCCCUCAUGCAUCACGCCUCCGACCUCAGAAUGCUGCAGCAUGGCCUCCUCCUUGCUUUCAUAGCUGCCAUCCCUUUCGCCCUCCUCCCCAUCGUGCAUGCGGCUCACACCAUCUGCUCCUGGUCUCCUGGUCCCCUCAAUCCAGACAAGUACAACUUCACAAUGUACUGCGAGGGAAAAGCGGAGAAGAUGAAUAUGACCUACUACACCUACGGGUGUAAAAGGACGGGUAGGGAGUUGGCUACUUGGGGCGUAGACACACCUUGCGGGAAGAACGGGUUCGCUUUGCAUUACAAGCCUUUUUACUUGAAACCGUCUUGUCACCAGGUAUUGUGGGCCUUCUGCAUUAGGCCGGAAGGGGCUACGGCGGAGACGGUCAAUUGCAAGGUGAGACGUGAGCGAGCGCUGAGGAGGAAGGUGCUCUUGCUGACCUCGCUUGAUUUGCUGCAGUACAUGAAUUCGUGGGAUGACUGCGAGUGGAACACGCCUCUCAAGGAAUCCGAUAUCCCUGGCUUCGUUGAUGUCUGGUCCUUGCACAAGUGAGAAAGUACUUUGAAGCAAUAACAGAGGCGCUGCAGUCUUUACCCGCUUAGGCGCAGGCUGGUCCCACCGUGGU